CUCGGCCUCGCUUUCCUUCGUCUCGAGAGACAAUAGAGUGCUCCUCCGGUGGUGAAGACAAUAGCAGCACCAAAGUGACCUUCCAAGGGCGCAAGUCUGAGGAGCGUUUAUGGAGGACCUCAGAGGAUCUGAGGGGUCCAAGGCACAGGUGGAGGAGGGAGUGUGCAGCUUGGAGUCUGCAGCAGAGAUGGUGAACGUGGGGUUGUCUCGCGUGGACGAAGCGGUGGCAGCCAAGCACCCGGGGCUACAAGAAUAUACUGCCUGCCAGUCUUAUGCAUUCAUGAAGGGCAUGGGGACAUUUAUUACAGUCUCCGGGAUGGCUUUUGCUCUUCAAAAAAUCAUCCGGAAGAUUCACUACCCGCUCCAGUGGAACAUCCUGCUCUCCUUUGUUGCAGGUUCAGUUGCAAGCUAUACAGUGACUCGAUGGGAGACACAGAAGUGUUCUGACUUAUGGAUCUUUCUGGAGAGCAAACAACCCAGUGUCCCAGAUGUAGCCAAAGAGAAAGUGCCCCAUGUGGACCCCCAGAAGGAGACAGAGGCCGGUGCAAAAAGGAACAAGUAUGGAGAUGUCAUGGACUAGCCUGAAAAUCCUAUUGCAGGAAUUUAACGCCUUUGGCUCAUGGAGUCAACCCAUUAAAUUGGGGGGGGGGUCAAUGGAUGGAGAGGCAGAGCAAAUGACGCUACACAACUUUUCAAAGACAUCUGAAGCAGCCCAGUAUCAGGACGUUUUUAAUGUUUGGCGUUUUUAUUUGUGCUGGAAACCCAGCCAGAUUGGCAGGGUAUAAAUAAUAAAAUGAUGGUGAUGAUGA